AUGGAUAAGCCCGAUAUCGUUCUCGUGGACCUUGAAUCUAACUAUCGAUUGUUUCAGGUAUGGGUAGCAAUCAUAUUCGCGAAAUACGUAAUUGCUAGCAUCGAAGGUAGUCCCGGAGGUUGGCAGGGAAUAUCGGCAGGCAGCGAUUAUGAAUCAGGACAUGGCUUAGAAUUAGGUGGCCUGUCCAGUUAUGGUUCCUAUGGCGGCGGUGGUGGACUGGACCAUGGAUUGCACGGAGGACAAGUUCAUUACGCUGAAGCUGUACCGGUGAGCGAGCACGUGGAAAUUACGAGGCCCGUGCCAGUACCUGUCGUCAAAAACGUUGGAGUACCGGUUGCUCAACCAGUGGCCAUAGGAGUUCCACAUCCAGUCGCCGUAGGAGUACCACAGCCCUAUCCAGUUCACGUACCGGUCGCAAAGCCAGUUGCAAUUCCCGUGGUGAAGACCGUGGCCGUUCCAGUCGAGAAGAAGGUUCCAUUUCCCGUGGAAAAGGUGAUACCGGUCCCAGUAGAGAAACACGUGCCUGUACCGGUGGAGAAACACAUACCAGUGCCCGUGGAAAAACCGUACCCCAUUCACGUGCCGGUUUACAAACACGUAUUCCACAGGGUGAAGUCUCAUGGUCACGGAUGGAGUCAUUAAACGUUACAACAUGAUACUCUGAAGAUAUAUGCAGAUUUACACGUAUGGCCGUAACAGCAAGCGAGCGUAACUUCUGCGUGUGUAUCAGCUAGUCUAUACGGCAGAAGAUUGCGAUUCUCUUCCUCGAAUGAUCACAGAGAAGGCUCUUCGUCUUCGAUCGGGCACACAUUGUUGUAUAGAUCGAAGAAAUCAACGAGCCAUCUAUCCAGGAGUCGUAAAAUGUCUCCAAUGCUGUUUGUAUUUAUGGUUGUCUG